AAACGCCAAACACCAAUUUAACCUCUCAAAACAAAAAUCUUCCACUUCUCCCCUUCCUUCCUUCACCUUCUCUCCUUCUGCUCCCUAUCCGAUCUGCCACAAAAUGGGUCCGCUCGUCUUGACUCAGCUCGCUACAGGGCUUAGUGUGCUUGCCGGAGCUGUUAUCGUCAAAUCGGUGAUGGACCAGAAGCCUAUGGCCGGUCAGUUCCAACGGUGUCCAAGUUGCAACGGUACAGGUCGUGUCACUUGCCUCUGCUCACGUUGGUCAGAUGGAGAUGUCGGGUGCCGGACUUGUGCAGGUUCAGGUCGCAUGGUUUGUAGUAGUUGUGGAGGGACGGGUACGGGUCGACCUCUUCCGGUACGAAUAUCUGCUCGGCCACCUAACGGCCGGCUCUAACCGGUUUGUGCCUCGAGAUUCUAUAGCUCCUUUCUCACUUAUAUGUUUGUGUAAUUUUUUGUCCCAAUUACAGAAUUAAAUUGUAUAAUAUAAAAAUUUAUGAUGGUAGAAGAUGGAGAUGGGAGAUUAGUAGGUUGUAAUUACUGUACUGGCUACUGAGAUUCUUAUAAAAAUCGAUAAAAAUUUAUAAUUUUAAUUAAAUUU